ACUUCCAACAGCAACAUGAAGUUGGGAGGCUUCCUUCUCCUUGUGGCACUCAUCUUCCUCAGCCUUGAGUUACAGGAGCUUCAGGCUGCGGUGAGACCAUUGCAACUUUUGGGGGCCUGUGCUGAGCUCUGCAGAGGUGACUGGGACUGUGGACCAGGGGAGCACUGUGUCAGCACCGGGUGUGGACAUGAUUGUGCUUCUGACUAAACACAGUUUCUGCCUGCAAUGAUGGGACUGUCUGGAGAUUCUUGACUGGAAAGAGAAAUGAAAAUCAGGACCUAUGGAUGGAGACUACAAGUAGUAUGGAGGAAGGGAAGAGGAGGUGUUUGUUUCAAUAAAUAAUCACUUUAAAAGCA